AUGCAGUACGCGGGUGGCGGCGCGGCAGCGCUUGACGCCGACGCCGCGGCGCUGCUGGAGGAGGCCCAGGGCGACGUGGAGAAGGCACGCACGUCGUACGUCGGCUACACGCUUGCGUACCUGCAGGAUUCGAUGCCCGAGCUGUACGAGGCGCUGAAGACGGACCCCAGCCGGCCGGACGCCCAUGCCGCGCUCGUCGAGGUGACAUGGGAUGCGAUCGCGGCCUUCCUGCCGGUCACGCACGAGGCGGCGCCUUCGGGCGAGGCGCAGCGCCGGCUCGGAGCCAUCGCUCGCGUCGCAAACGACGGCAGCGGCCCUCCUCCGAGCCGCUUCCUCGACGUCGGCUGCGGGACGGGGCUCCUCCUCCCCUUUGCCGUCGCGAGCGGCGUUCCGGCGGCGGCGUACCGUGGCGUCGACCUCUCCUCGCGGAUGGUCGAGGUGGCUCGGCAGGCGCACGGCGACGGCGCGCUCGCCGCGGCCGCCUUUGACGACAGGAGCUUUGCCGACGUGCUGGCGGAGGAGGUGGCGGCGGGCGCGGGAGCCGAGGGAGGGCGGCACGACGUCGUCGUCUUCAACGGCGCGCUGCAGUUCUUCGCCGACCCGGUGGCGACGCUGCAGCAGGCGGCGGGGCUGCUCCGCCGCUCGCCGCACUCAAGGCUGGUUGUGGCACACGUGUCGGGCGCCGCCUUUGUCGAGCGGGAGCGGCAGGAGAACCCGAUGACGGUGCUGUCGACGAUGCCGACGCUCGCUGAGCUCAGCGCGAUCGCGGGGCCGCUCGGGCUGCAGGCGGGACCCGUGGUGACGCCCUCCUUCUUGGGCACCGAGCCGGAGAAGAUCGAGGCGGCGCUGCGCGACUUUUACCUGGUGGUGCUGCGCUGGGACGGCGAGCACGGUGGCGUCGACGGCGCGCCGCCGCCAGAGGGGGGCGCGGCGGAGGGCGGGGAGGGGGAGCAGGAGUGGGGUCUGUGGAAGCCAGGGCAAGACGACAACGCAAACGAGUAG